UGGUCCGAAAAUCGGCUGACAAACCUGGAACAUGGCCCAACGGAGGAUAUGCGAUAUCCUAUUCUUAGAACACCAAAACAUGAGAAAUGCCAUAAGAAUUUGAAGGUUCAUCUAUAGUAUGAUUCAAAGGCAGGUGACACUGACCCAGAACUUGUACCAGAACAGGUUUCUGGGACUCGGACUAGCAGGUAUGGCAUCCCCGUCUCGUUCGUCCCAGAACCGCCGGCGCUGUAAGCACCCGAUCCGCCACAGCUACAAUCCCGAGCAGUUCCCUAAUGUCAACUUCCAGAACGGCUUUCCCGAGGACGUGGCGACCAUGCACCGCUCGACCAGCGACACAGACCUGGUGACAUCACACAGCCGUUCCACGCUCACCGUCAGCACCUCGCUCUACGCCAUCGGUCAGACCCAGGACAUCCUCAUCUGCUGGGACAUCAAGGAGGAGGUGGACGCUGGGGACUGGAUCGGCAUGUACCUCAUUGAAGAAGUUUCGUCUGAGAACUUUCUAGACUACAAGAGCCGCGGAGUGAAUGGUUCCCACAAGGGCCAGAUAGUGUGGAAAAUUGAGGCCAACUCCUAUUUUGUGGAGUUGGAGACCAAGAUCUGUUUUAAAUACUACCAUGGUGUGAGCGGGGCACUGCGUGCCACCACCCCCAGUUUGACUGUGAAGAACCCCUCGGUUCCGGUGUUUAAGCCCAUCACCAAUGAAGAAGUCCCCCAGAGCACAGGCAGCAGAAGACUCAUUAGCUUCUCCCUCUCAGAUUUCCACGCCACGGGGCUGAAGAAAGGGAUGUUCUUCAACCCUGACCCCUACCUGAAGAUCGCCAUCCAUCCCGGCAGGAAUAGCAUUUUUCCGGCGCUGCCACACCACGGCCAGGAGAAACGCUCAAGCAUCGUUUGUAACACCAUCAACCCCCGCUGGCAGAGAGAGCACUUCAACUUUGUAUCUCUGCCCACGGAUGUUCUGGAGAUCGAGGUGAAAGAUAAGUUUGCCAAGAGUCGUCCCAUCAUCAAACGUUUCCUGGGCAAGCUGUCCAUGCCUGUGCAGCGGCUGCUGGAGAAGCAUGCUAUUGGUGACCGUGUGGUCAGCUACACACUAGGCCGAAGGCUGCCAACGGAACAUGUCACUGGACAGCUGCAGUUCAGAUUUGAGAUCACUUCCUCCAUUCAUCCAGAUGAUGAGGACAUGUCUCUCAGCACGGAGCCUGAGUGUGCCGCUGUGCAGGAGAACCAAGUGGAAGGCCAGUCCUCCCAGGCCCAAGGCCAGGUCGAGGACACCAUGAGCCUGGGUCCGGGGGCUCCUGAACUCCCCAUGGAUAAGGAGGAAGACACUGGAGCUCCAGAACUCCCUAUUAGAGGGGAUACAGAUACUGAUACUCCCAUGGAGGGGGAUCCAGCAGGGCCUUCGGGUUCAAAGCAGCCCAUAGAUGGAGACUCAGGGCCUGGCUGUUCCAGAGCUGAGGACCUAAAAACAGAACCAAGCAAACCAGAGGUCCAUGGGGCUCAGGGGGUGGCUGUUGUGGCUGUAGCUGUUGCUGCAGAGAAGCUACCCACGGUAGAGGAGAACAGUGAGGAAGGGGACCAGCAGACCCCCUCUAGUCCUCAGCCUGCUGUCCCAGUGGAGCAGAGGGCUUUUGGGAAGGAGGCUGUGUGGGCAGAGGGUGCGGACAGUGCCCCAGCAGAGGGUCAGGUCAGCCCUGCAGUACACUCUGCUGUAGUGGAGGACAUGGAGAGUGCAGCGUAUGCAGCUUCUGGAGGGUCUGUCUCUGAGCCAGCAGGACAGCAGGCAGUGGGGCAGGAGGAAGGGGAGGGGGACUGCUGCUCCCUGCGCAUCAGGACCACCCCUAGGCGUAAGAACCGGCCCUGCUCCCUGCCCGUGUCUGAGCUGGAGACAGUCAUCGCCUCGGCUUGCGGGGAGCCUGAAACCCCUCGCUCACACUACAUCCGCAUCCACCACCUCCUCCACAGCCUGCCCUCUGCCCAGCCAGGUACCCAGGAGGACGGGGAGGGAGAGGAGGCUGAGACGGAGCCAGAUCCAGAUCCAGACCCAGACCCAGACCCAGACCCAGACCCAGACCCAGACCCAGACCCAGGCCCUGACCAGCUCAGCCCCAGGGACCAGGAGGGCUCAGAAGAGGAUGAGAAGGCUGAGCCCCUGACCCCUGGCCCCAGGAGGACGCUGCCCCGCAGCCUGUCCAUCGAGCGUCUGUCCGACCUAGCCCUGCUGCUGGACAGCGAGGGCCGCCACCCCCAGGGCCAGGUCAGGGGUCACCAGAGAGUGUCCGACGAGGAUGACAUGGAGCCAUGCUGCAGUAACUCAUGCUACGAGGGUCGAGGAGGUCACACCCGGGCACCUCUACUGGCUGCAAGCAGGACAUCUGAGGGGAGCAGCGCUUUCUCCUCCGAAGAGGACGAGGACAUGGAGGUGAGCGGAGCGGAGAGCAGGGAGCCAGGAGAUGGGAUGCCCCAAUGGCAAGAGGCCCCAUCCACGCAGGUCCAGAGCCCCCAGAGCUUCAUGGGAAAUGGAGAAUCACCCGUGGCUGGGCCCAGUGGGAGGAUAGGACGAGAUUGUCCCUUACCUUCCAGUCAUCCUCCAGUUAGCCAGCUUCCUGCUCUGCGUCCUGAUUCCCAUCACUACCCCACCAUCGAUGAACCACUGCCACCAAACUGGGAGGCGCGUGUGGACAGCCAUGGUCGUGUGUUCUAUGUGGAUCACAUCAACAGGACCACCACGUGGCAGAGACCCACUGUAGCAGCCACGCCCGACGGCAUGAGGAGGUCUGGAUCCGUUCAGCAGAUGGAACAGCUCAAUAGAAGGUACCAGAGUAUACAGAGGACCAUGGACACAGACAGGAGUGAGGAUGAAGGAAGCAGAAGCAGGAGUGCGAGAACAAGCCUCAAUAACAACAGCAGUGAGACAGACUCUCCUCCAAUGGCUAAUGAGCUGAGAAGAGACAGCUCCUCCUCCUCCUCCUCCUCCUCGUCUCCAGUCAACAGUCAGAAGAUCACAGCUCUGCUACAGAGCCCAGCGGUGAAGUUCAUCACACACCCAGAGUUCUUCACUGUCCUCCACGCCAACUAUGGGGCCUAUCGCAUGUUCACCAGCAGCACGUGCCUGAAGCACAUGAUCCUGAAGAUUCGUCGAGAUGCUCGUAACCUUGAGAGGUACCAGCACAACAGAGACCUGGUCACCUUCCUCAACCGCUUCGCUGACGCCCAGCUGGAACUCCCCCGGGGCUGGGAGAUCAAGACUGACCCUCAGGGCAAGAACUUCUUUGUGGACCACAACAGCCGAGCGACCACGUUCAUCGACCCCAGAAUCCCGCUGCAGAACGGUUGCCUGUCCAACCACCUGACCCACAGGCAGCACCUGCAGAGACUACGCAGCUACAGCGCAGGAGAGGCCUCUGAGGUCUCCCGUAGUCGAGGUGUGGCCUUGUUGUCACGGCCAGGGAACAGUGUGGUGGCAGCAAUACGGAGACAGCAUCCUCCAGACCCAGUACCACAAGCUUAUAAUGAGAAGAUAGUGGUCUUCCUGCGUCAGCCUGGAAUAUUAGAAAUUCUAACGGAGCGCCAGCCAGCCCUGUCCAGGAACCAUUCCCUGAGGGAAAAGAUCCACUACAUCAGAACAGAGGGAACCCAAAGACUGGAGAAACUGGCAUGUGAUGCAGACCUGGUGAUACUAUUGAGCUUGUUUGAAGAGGAAAUCAUGUCAUAUGUUCCACCCUCCUUCCAUCCUGGCUUCAGCUUCUCUCCUCGUUGUUCACCUGGGUCUUCACCACAGAGCUCUCCAGGAAUGUCGAGAGCGAGAGCGCCUGCCCCUUACCGGAGAGACUUUGAGGCCAAACUGCGCAACUUCUACAGGAAACUGGAGGCUAAAGGCUAUGGCCAGGGCCCAGGAAAGAUCAAGCUUAUCAUCCGGAGAGACCACCUGUUGGAGGGUACCUUUAACCAGGUCAUGGCCUACUCACGCAAGGAACUACAGAGGAAUAAGCUUUACAUCACCUUCAUAGGAGAGGAGGGGCUGGACUACAGUGGGCCGUCCAGAGAGUUCUUCUUCCUGCUGUCUCAGGAGCUGUUCAACCCCUACUACGGCCUGUUUGAGUACUCAGCCAACGACACGUACACCGUCCAAAUCAGCCCCAUGUCCGCCUUCGUAGAGAACCAUCUGGAAUGGUUCCGGUUUAGUGGGCGUAUUUUGGGACUGGCGUUGAUCCACCAGUAUCUCCUGGAUGCCUUCUUCACGCGGCCCUUCUACAAGGCUCUCCUCAGACUAGCCACUGACCUGAGUGAUCUGGAGUACCUAGACGAGGAGUUCCAUCAGAGUCUACAGUGGAUGAAAGACAAUGACAUCACUGACGUGCUGGACCUUACUUUCACUGUGAAUGAGGAAGUCUUCGGACAGGUAACAGAGAGAGAGCUGAAGUCUGGAGGGGCCAACAUUAAUGUGACAGAGAAGAAUAAGAAGGAGUACAUUGACCGCAUGGUGAAGUGGAGGGUGGAGAGAGGAGUGGUCCAGCAGACAGAGGCACUGGUCAGAGGCUUCUAUGAGGUGGUGGACUCACGGCUGGUGUCAGUGUUCGAUGCCAGAGAGUUGGAGCUGGUCAUUGCUGGGACAGCUGAGAUAGACCUCAAUGACUGGAGGAACAACACAGAGUAUAGAGGAGGCUACCAUGACAGCCACAUAGUGAUCCGGUGGUUCUGGGGGGCUGUGGAGCGCUUCAACAAUGAGCAGAGGCUGCGUCUGCUGCAGUUUGUGACGGGCACCUCCAGUGUUCCCUACGAGGGCUUCACUGCGCUACGGGGCAGCAACGGCCUGCGACGCUUCUGUAUAGAGAAGUGGGGCAAGAUCACCGCUCUACCCAGGGCGCACACAUGCUUCAACCGUCUGGAUCUCCCUCCGUACCUGUCCUACACCAUGCUCUAUGAUAAACUGCUUAUCGCUGUGGAGGAGACCAGCACCUUUGGCCUUGAGUGAAGGAGAAAGACAUCGUCCCAAAUGGGACCCUAUUCCCUAUAUAGUGCAUUUAAGUAUUGCACUAAGGCAAAGAUCAUCCACUAGAUUCAGCCACGUGACAAUUUCUCCUUGAGCAGAUGGUCAGGGGGCCGGAACAUACUGUAAUUACAAAUAAUUUGUAUACUGCAAAUUGACCGCAAG